UGUAUAUUUUGUCGAAGUUCUGUGAGGUGACGGGUUACAUCCCUUCAGCAGGAGUGCCUGGUCUACAUGAUGAUGAUGAUGAUGGCUCGCUGUUAUAGGUCGAGAGAAGGUGAAAGUAAAAAGCUCGUGCUGCGCGUGGUGGGAUGUGCAUGCAAAUACAUGUUAGAAAGAGGAACUACUGACUGAAAAAGAACUGCUGCGGAUGUUUACCAUACUGGUUUGUGGAUUCUGAUAAGCAUUGGUCGCAGUAACGGAUUCAAAGUGAGUUAAACGGAUAUUUAGUGUCCGAUUGAUUGAUUAUUGGUAAACCGGCUGUGUGCAGUGAGAUAUUCUUUUUAAAUAAUAGUAUUUGUGCUACGGUCGAUUGACAACAUACGUUUUAAGAAGCCGGGAUAAACUCACUUCCUGGUGUCUAAAUUACCGUAUAACAGAUAAUCAUUUACCAAGUUAUGGAGGACAAGAAUUUGGGUGUAGAAACCCUGAGCGAGGCAGCGCUGAACAGACUCGGUUACAUGUUAGACAAUCUAGAGUGUGGUUGGAAACAGCUGGCAAAGGCAGUGGCCGAGCAGCCACAGUUCUACUAUAGUGACAAAGAGCUGACUGACUGCUCACUCAAAGUGCUAAGUCCACAUGGCAGUCCUGGCCGAUACCUGCUUGCCCUUCUUGCAGAUAGAGGGUGUACCUUGGCUUUCCUGCUUCAGUGCCUGAAGAAAAUCGAGCACAGAGAGGCUGUUGGAUUUCUCAAUACACAUGUGAUGGGGCAGAUUGAUAUCACACUGCAGCCACAGAGUCAGCGGGUACCAGAGGGAAGUCCCGUGGUUCUGAGCUGCAGAGCAGUCGGACAUGUGGAGCUCACCUACCAGUGGUUCAAAGGCAAAGAUGAGGUGCCGGGAGGCAAUGGCCCAGAGCUGGUGCUGAAUCCCGUUAGUGCGGCUCAACAGGGCCCCUACAUCUGCCGCGUAAGUUCUGGGGACAAGUAUGUCUUCUCCAACUGGGCCCAUGUACAUCGGUCUGGAGGCGCAAGUGCAGGUUCCAGCAGUGGCUACUUCCCUUCGUCAGCUAGUAGGUUGUAUAUAAUUCAGCAACCUAGGCCUCAAGCGUUGAUGGAGGGAGAAACUCUCUAUCUUGAAUGUGCUGCUCAGGCCAACCCACCUCCCCAGUUCCAAUGGUAUCUUAACAAACAGCCAAUGCCAAACUGUACUAAAAGCAUCUUAAAGAUUCCAUGCAUAACCACAGCGGAUAGAGGUAUAUAUUCUUGCAAGGUUUACAACCUCUAUCAUGAAGCGUGGAGUGAUCAGGUUCAAGUAAACAUCGGUCCUGGUUCCUUUUCUGAUGUCUCAUGGGAAGCACCAAAACUAGGUGCUUCUAAUGCGGUUCCAAGGCAAAUGGGGGAUUGUUCCGCCACUGAUAAGGUAGCAUUGCUUAUUGGGAACAUGAACUACCUGCAUCACCGGCAACUGAGAGCUCCCAUGGCAGAUGUGCACGAGUUGACAAACCUUCUACGCCAGUUAGACUUUAAAGUCGUCUCUCUGCUAGACCUCAACUGGCAGGAGAUGCAUAGUGCUGUUACUGAGUUCUUGCUGCUGUUGGAUCGAGGUGUUUAUGGACUGUUGUACUUUGCUGGUCAUGGCUAUGAAAACUAUGGGAACAGUUUCAUGGUACCUAUCGAUGCUCCAGCCUCUUAUACCUUCAAGCACUGCCUCUGGGUGCAGGACGUGUUACAGCGCAUGCAAGAGCGCCAGACGGAACUUAACGUCUUUCUAUUGGACAUGUGUCGGAAACGAAACCCAAAUGAUGAGAGCAUCCCACAACCUGGCCCCUUGAGAGUGACCGCAAACAUAGUGUUUGGUUAUGCAACGUGUGUUGAUGCCGAAGCAUUUGAAGUAAAUAAAGAUGAUCUCUCUAAUGGAAUCUUCAUGAGCUUCCUUAAGAAAAGACUGAUGGAGCCAGAGAAGGUCACGGUCAUACUUGACAAAGUAGCAGAAGACAUGGGAAGGUGUGAAAUCACUCGUGGUCGGCAGAAAGAGCUCUCCUUUACUGUGUGUCUACACUACAAGUACACUAAUCUGGAUGAAGAGCUCUUGGAAGAGCAAAGGAUCAGUGUAGGCAAACCUUUAGUGUCAAAACUCAACCUACACGAGCCACGACUCUCUCACACCUCCUCCUCUGACCUACAAAUGUCCAGUAUAAUGGAGUCUUCAUCUUUCAGUGAAAGCUUCAGAGCUAACCUCCCCGACUUAAGCCUUUCCUCCAUCGGAUCUGCAUCUACAUCCUGGUCCUACUAUCAGGGACCCAUGGAAUCACCCACAUUCUCUAGUUUAAAGAAUGAACCAGAGGAAACCAUAUGUCCUGAGUUCCUUGAAUCCGAAGAACCUCCCGCCAUCAAGAGUUUGCCUAGCGCCUCUUCUCAGGAACUCCCAUUUAAAUUUAGCAACUUACCAAAUUCCCUUUAGCAGGAAAGAGUUCAAAGCUGUGCGUCUUGGAUGUUACAGUGUAAAUGUUACAAUAUGAUUUUGUUAUAUUCCACCCAGCCUGCCAUGUUACAGAAGCUUGUGAAUGUAAUGUAAUUGACCCUUCGCAAAGACCCGCCCCCUUCAUUACUGUUGCUAUGUCCGACAAGACAUGCUGCUCUCAUGCCACACAUCAUGUUGUCACUGAACAAUAUAUUGCAGAGCAAAGAGGAAACUGACAACAUGCCGACAGACAAGACAGGACAGGUUACUUUUGAUAUCAAACAAAGUCUCCGCUUUCAAAUUUUGUACAUUUUUAAGAAAUUCAAACAAUAAAUAGGCUAUUGUUUUGUG